AUGGUAAAAAUAAAAAGUAAUGGAAAGGAGCUAGAAACAGGCGAUGAGCUAUUGGAGCUUGUAGGUCCACGUACUGAGGUGAAAACAAUAUCUUUGGAAAGAAGAACGUUAGCAUGUGUGUGGUACCUCAGCAACCAGGAAACAUUCAGAAGUAUUGUAGACAGGUUUGGAUUAAGUAAGGGAUCCCUACAUUAUUUUUUGAGAAAAUUCUGUAACAUUAUUACGAGCAAUGAAAUACUCCAGCAGUUGAUCCGCUGGCCAAGUAGUGAUUCGGAGUUCCAAAAUAUAUCAGAAAACUUUACGCAGAGGGCAGGUUUCCCAAAUGUAAUUGGUGCACUAGAUGGUACUUAUAUCCCUAUAUUAGGACCAACUGCAUUUCGCGAGUCCUAUAUCUGUAGGAAAGGCUUUCCUGCCCUUCACCUUCAGGCUGUUUGUGACACCGAUUUGAAAUUUUUGGAUGUGUUUUGUGCCUAUCCCGGAUCUGUUCAUGAUUCAAGGGUGUUUAAAAACAGUCCUCUAUAUACGGAACUUCAGAACAACCCUGUUCCGCGACAAUAUCAUUUGCUAGGAGAUUCCGCAUAUGGCAAUUCGGAAACUGUUUUGGUCCCCUUUAGGGACAACGGUCACCUCAACGCCGAUGAGAAAAGGUAUAACAAUGCCCACAGUUCGACAAGAGUCGACAUAGAACGCAGCUUCGGGCUACUGAAAGGAAAGUUCCGGAGAUUAAGAUACGUUGAGAUGAAGAGGGUUGAGGACAUACCAAGUUUGGUUGUGACGUGUUGUGGACUCCACAAUUUUAUUAUUCAGAGGGAAAGAUACACAGAUGAAGACAUAGACAUGGAUGCUGCUGAUGGUGAUGGUCCCCCUGGAACCUGCAGUGUAGCACGUGAUACUGGCGCCGUGGAUAAAUCUGGACAUGAAAAGAGGCUUCAGGUCAUGCACAGUCUACAAUAA